GAUUGAGAAGAAGCGCUUCCGGCAGUCUUGAAUCACUAAUCAACACACCAGCUUUCCGGGCCUGACGCGACCCUUGUCUCGGGCCUCUCGGAAUCGUACAGCCGCCCAGCCCCGCACCUGCGACGUGGCAGUCCAUAGUGGAGCCUCCUUGCCUCGGUCCAGGUCCAGAUGUCCCUGUGUCAUGGCUGCCCCAGCAUUAGGGGACCCCAGGACCCUGUGAUUGGCGCCUGCGCCUGCUGACGGUGACGGAGGAGCCCCCCCUAGGGACUUGGGCAUUGCUUGUGCUUGGUGUCUGUCCUUCGUGCUCCUUUCGGUGAAGCUAGGGGAGAGGGCGAUUUUUGUUGUCACUUGGUUCAUUCAUUUAUUCGUUUGUUCUUUUAUUCUUUCCGAAACCAAUUAAUGAGGCAGCAUAGUGUAGUUGUUAAGAGUGCAGGCCCUGGAGCCUGGCCGUGUUGAUUUUCCCUCUCAGCCAUUUCUGACAUUAGGCAAGACAGUAGGCCUCAGCUUCCACAUCUGCAAAGUGGGGUAAUAAUAGUAUCUACUUCAUAGAGAAGUUGGGAGAUUGGAAUUAACAGUAAAGGCAAAGCCCGGCAUGUAGUAGGCACUCACUGUACUAAGAUCACAGUUGUGAGAGCUAGAUGGAAGAAUAAAAUUGAGAUAAGUACUAGUUUAAAUAUCGGGAUAAAUGCUGUGAUGGAGACAUGCAAAGUGCUGUGAGAAUAUGAUGAAGGGAGUUGUACUGGGGAGGUGAUAGAGGGUGGUGACUUAAGCCAUACUUAAGAAUGAAUACAAGUCUGCCAGGGAUGUGGUGGGUGUCAGGGCAUUUCUGGCAGAGAUCACAUCUUUAAGCUGUGAAAAUGCAUGGCAUUCUCAGCCUGAGUAGUCUGAUACUGGUAGAUCUAAAGUGAUCAUUUUCUCCAGGAAGUUCCUCCUUUGUGUUUUCUCACUGCACCAGGUCUGUGUCUCUAGAACAGCUCUUACCACACAUUUUAAUAUUGAAAUGUCCUUUUUAUGUUUUUCUCCCUCACUUCAGGGUAAGGAUCUUGCAUUAGUCUUUAUCUCUUCACAUGAUACCUGGCAUUCGGUAAAUGUUUGUUGAAUUUGAAGAGACAUAUGGGCAAUGAAUCUGGAAGGGGAGAACAUCCUUGGUCCUACAGUGUUGCUGACACUGACAUUUUUCUAAGUGGUCUUGAACUGCCUACUUUUUAUGUAAAUAACUGGCUAGACUUCAUAUUUUUCACUACAGAAGCCCAUAACCUGCAGUUGCUAGAGAUUUUAAAACACUGCUUUUCGGAUAUCAUCUAUAUUUAACUUGAAAGCUCUUCCUUUCUUAUUCCAAAAUGUUGAGAUACUGGGGAGAGAUACCAAUCUCAUCAAGCCAGACCAACAGAAGUUCCUUUGACUUGCUCCCUCGGGAGUUCCGACUGGUAGAAGUCCAUGACCCACCCCUGCACCAACCCUCAGCCAACAAGCCCAAGCCCCCCACUAUGUUGGAUAUCCCCUCAGAGCCAUGCAGCCUCACCAUCCACACCAUUCAGCUGAUCCAGCACAACCGACGUCUGCGUAACCUCAUUGCCACAGCUCAGGCCCAGAACCAGCAACAGACAGAAGGUGUAAAGACCGAAGAGAGUGAGCCUCUUCCGUCCUGCCCUGGGUCACCUCCUCUUCCUGAUGACCUCCUUCCUUUAGAUUGUAAGAAUCCCAGCGCCCCAUUCCACAUCCGGCACAGUGACCCAGAGAGUGACUUUUAUCGUGGAAAAGGGGAACCUGUGACUGAACUCAGCUGGCACUCCUGCCGGCAGCUCCUCUACCAGGCAGUGGCCACAAUCCUAGCCCACGCAGGCUUUGAGUGUGCUAACGAAAGUGUCCUGGAGACCCUAACUGAUGUGGCACACGAGUAUUGUCUUAAGUUCACCAAGUUGCUGCGCUUUGCUGUGGAUCAGGAGGCCCGGCUGGGGCAGACUCCCUUCCCCGACGUGAUGGAGCAGGUUUUCCAUGAAGUGGGCAUUGGCAGCGUGCUCUCCCUCCAGAAGUUCUGGCAGCACCGCAUCAAGGACUAUCACAGUUACAUGCUGCAGAUUAGUAAGCAGCUCUCUGAAGAGUACGAAAGGAUUGUCAAUCCUGAGAAGGCCACAGAGGACACUAAACCUGUAAAGAUCAAGGAGGAACCUGUGAGCGACAUCACCUUCCCUGUCAGUGAGGAACUGGAGGCUGACCUUGCUUCUGGAGACCAGUCACUGCCCAUGGGAGUCCUUGGGGCUCAGAGUGAACGCUUCCCAUCUAACCUGGAGGUCGAGGCUUCACCACAGGCUUCAAGUACAGAAGUAAAUGCUUCACUUCUUUGGAACUUGGCCCACGUGAAAAUGGAGCCGCAAGAGAGUGAAGAAGGCAACGUCUCUGGGCAUGGCGUGCUGGGCAGCGAUGUGUUCGAGGAGCCCAUGUCAGGCAUGAGUGAAGCUGGUAUCCCCCAGAGCCCUGAUGACUCAGACAGCAGCUACGGCUCCCACUCCACUGACAGCCUCAUGGGGUCCUCCCCUGUUUUCAACCAGCGCUGUAAAAAGAGGAUGAGGAAAAUAUAAGGCAAAGAGGGAGAGUUUCUCUCCAGACCUACAAGACCCAACAGAAAACCUUGAUGUAUUCUAAUUCGUUUCCAUAAACAGUGAUUUGACUUUUAUUCUUAAACACAGUGGAUUUUCCUGAUAUCAGUGGAACUGGAUUUAACCAAAUAAGUCUGCUUUUUCCUUUUGCAUCCAGUUUUUGUAGUUUUCCACAACAACCAAGCUACCUUUCACAGACAUCAUGACACUGGGAUGGUAAUCCAGAGACCAAAGCACUGUCCCUGACAUCUACUGUGUGACUAGACAAGUGACUUAGCUUCUCUAGAGCUGUUUCUCUUGCACAACUGAGAAGAAUCAUACUGCUUUUACCUACCUUGCAGAGAUAUUAUGAAGAUGGAGAUGUUGUUAAGCCUCAAAGCUGUGCUUGAAUAGACUCACAAGUAAAUAUAUGCUGGUAUCAGAUGUCAAUUUUUUUUUAACUUGCUUCAUUUUUGGUCGAAGUCCUUGGGAAUCCAGUGCUAAUACCUAAUAGGAAAUAGCUAAACAUUGCAUAGCUUAUCUAUCAGUAGUCUUGUUUUCAAACUGUUUUUGCUGCCCAUGAGGUCGCCUAUGAAGUCAGAGUGGUCUGUGGUAAACAGGCUUUUUGCUUUUUCAUACAGCCCUCUACUAUCUCAGCCACAUAUUUUCUUCUGCUCUAGACUUUUUCCAUGUAUUUCCACCAUCUUUAUUUUUUUAUUUCCAUUCAGAUUUUUUUUAUAUUUUCACCAUGUACACUUUUUGGUUGCUCCUUUCAUUUUUCUCCUUUGUGAAUGAAGCAAACAGGACCUGUCCAAGGACAGGCUUGUGCCUAUUUCAUUUGUUGCAUCUGCUUGGCCAUCAGAGAACAGUCCAUUCCUUUGCCAGAAUUCCGUCUGCACAUUGUGUUUCUACUGGAUGGGCAGCCGCCAAAAGGAUAACAGUAUGCACCUUUCUGCUUUACAUCGUGUCUUGAACAACUUUACUGCUGUUACUCAUCCAUAGCAGUACCUGCCCUGCUUGGCAUCUGAUAGUCUCAACCAGUAUUUAUUAAGUAAAUGAUGUAGCACUGGAAUAAUCAGGAGUAAUUAGCAAAUGUGUGCAUGUUAAAUACUGCUGAAGUUUGGUUUGGGGGUGCAGAAUACAAGUCUUGUGAAAGUUAGAGCACUCCUUUAGUGGAGACCAGAAAUCAAGGCCCACAUCAUUGAGUGCCUUAAAUAUCCAGCACUGAGAAUAAAUAUGAAUGCAAUAGCAACAAAAUGAGGUUAUAAUUUAAACUGUUACCAGAUCAUUUAUAAGUUUGCUAAUUGCACAUCCUUGGCACAUUUAUCUAAACCCUUCCUGUUCCAGGCUUAGCUUUAUUUUUGCUUAUUUAUUGAUGAAAGUACACAUCAGGUGGUCAGUUUCCAUAAAUUAGCCACCUAGUAUUUAAUUCAUUCACUUAGCAAACAUUUGUUGAGUACCUAUUAUGUACUGGGUCCUCUGCAAGGGAUACACAGAUGAGUAAGACUGUCUCUGCCCUUAUGGAGCUUAUAGCAUAGGCCAGACAAGUUCCUCUUUAAGUAAAAAGUAUACAAAGGCACUAAGGGAAAAAAUCAGGUAUGUUCAGAGUUUUGCCGUGCAAAUGGUUUCCUCUCAAAGAACAGGUUCAAGUUUUUAGACCAGUGGUUUCCAUUAGUUACAGAAUACUGAAAUUAAUACUUCAUGUAAAGCGAAACACUUUUAUUUAUUUUUAGAAUGUUAGAUUGGAGAAUAGGCACCAGAUGGUCAAGGUUGGGGUACUCUGAUAAAGCAGGUGAUAAGCACAUUGAUAUCUGAGAUUCACCUGGCCUAGAAUUACGUCAUAGGCUGUUUGAGUUAGAAUAUUGUUCUGAACUUAGCAUGCAUCAGAAUCCCCUGGAGGCCUUAGUAAAACGGACUGCUAGGCCCCACACCCCCCCAGUUUCUGAUAUAGGGCUUGAAUGUCCCAUUUUUAGUAACUUCCCAGAUGAUGCUGCUGCUUCUGGUCCAGAGACCACACUUUGAGAACCACUGAUCUGGAAUACAGGUUAGGCAGGGAUAAAAUUCCUUAAGAGAAAUGUAUAAUGUUAUAAGAUACUGUGAAGAAUGUGGAGGCAAAGCAAACCCUUACCAGGGCUGUUAUAUAUGGAAUGUGCAACUGACCCAAAUCUGUGGACUUUGAGUAAAUCACUAAGGAUACACUGCAUUAAGUUAAAGUACAGUACAAACAGGGCCUGGCUUUGUACCUGGUUACUAGGUGUGGUACGUACAUGGAACUUUAGUAAACAACAUGUGGCUUUAAACCUCUCUUCUGAACUGCAGUGACUAUUUGUGAUAAUUUUCUUAUUUGAAAUUAUGACAGGCAGGCUUACAACAAAGUUAAAAUUAAAAACUCUUUAUCCAAGUCACCAUCUAAAGUAGAAUUCUUAUUCGUUAACAAUGUUUUGCCCACUUUCUUCAAUGAACCUGGUGUUCUACAAUAAGCUACCCAGUCUGAGGCACAUUUCAUACCAAGAUUGAUUGAUUGCCAAGGAGACUCCAGUGCCAAGCUCUGGACAAGCUCCUGUUUCCCCCUCUCUUUCUGCUAAAAGGAGGGGAACUCGUGGUGCAGGUUCAAAGGCAAGAUGCUGGAGAAGUAGAGGCUACAGAUCCAGCCCACUAAGUUCUCUCUCUGUUCUGUCCAUCAGCAGCAAAAGUAUGUGCGUUCAAAUGAUAAAACUUGCAGUUUUAGGCUUGAAGGGAUAUGAGCAUCCAAAACCAGAAUAUCCUUCCUUGCAUAAAUCCAAGGAAAAUGCCAAGGGGAAUCAGCAUCUACCUGCCAGGUCCAGAUGUAUUCUAUCCCUGGCUUCAUCUGAGUCAGGAGAUUUCACUAGUAAGAGAAACUGCUAUCCUGAACAAAAUUGUCCUUUAUAGUAGCCCCCAAUCAGAGAUAAGGAUAGUCCCUUCACACAGAGUUCCAAAAUUUUGGACUUUAGAAACUAUUUGUUGUUUCUCUUCCAGUACUGUGCCAUUGAUUCUUGCAUAAAAUUCUGGAAUGCUGGCUCUUCACGGCUUUCCUCUGUAACUGCAAGGAAAAAAGAAGGUUAAUUCUUUUUAAACUCUCCCAUUAGACAGGUGGAUUAGAGCUGCUGUCACCCAUCCAUCAGAAAUAGUACCUUUGACCCUUGAACAACACGGGUUUGAACUGCAUAGGUCCAUGUAUACACGAAUUUUUUUCAAUCGUAAAUACUACAGUACCACACGAUCCACAGGUGGUGAAAUCCACGAAUGUGGAACCACAGAUACAGAGGGCCAACUAUAAGUUAAUUAUACAGGGAUUUUAAACUGUGAGGAGGGUGGGUACCCCUAGUCUCCAAGUUGUUGAAGAGUCAACUAUAUUUCUAAGACACUGUAUGUCCACUUCUCCCAAUAAGGAAAUAUCUCCUAGAAGCAGGCUGUAUUUAUCAUGUUGCCCAAAAUGUACAAUUUCUUUGACCUGUAAGUGGGGAGAAUACCUCCUUCAUAAAGUAAUUAAAAUGAGGUCCCACUCCUACAUAUUUUUAACUGAGAGAAAUGAAAACCUCUGUCCACAAAUACCUGUUAAUGAAUGUUUAGAGCAGCUUUAUUCAUGACAGCUAAAACCUGGCAACAACCCCAGUGUCAAUCAGCUGGUGAAUGGAUAAACAAAGGUACAUCCACAUAAUAGAACUAUUACUCAGGAAUAAAAAAGAACAUAUUACUGACACAUGCAGUAACAUGGAUGGAUCACAAAAGCAUUACACUGAAUGAAAAAAGUCAAAUGCAAGUUAAAUACUGUGAUUCCACUUACACAACAUUCUGGAAAAGGCAAAAUUAUAGGAAUAAAAAUCAGGUAAGCGGUUGCCAGGAACUGGUGUGGGGGAAGGGACUGAAUAAAAGCGAGCCUGAGCGAACUUUUAGGGUGAUGGAAGUGUUCUGUUUCUUGAUUAUAAUGGUAAUUACAAAACUAUAUAUAUGUAUUAAAAUUCAUCAAGCUAUACACUUUAAUAAAAGGGUGGGAUUUAUUGUUUGUAACUUAUACCUCAAUAAAUCUUAUUAAAUGAU